CGGUGUCCUCUUGAAAUAAUGAUUAGUAAUCAAAGAAUACCGCAAUGGAAUCAUCAAACCAACCAAAAAAACACUAGGGUAACCUUAACCUAAACUCAGACAAUUUUAGCGGGAAAGGUUUCAACAAUUUAAGGAACCGGUUAACACCAUGCUCUGUAUUAAGGUCACAACACCUUACUUACAUUACACUACUUUUCCUCACCUCAUUGAAUUUUAUAAUCAUGGCCGAUUCAUCGAACUGGAGAGUUCGGGCGCCAGUAGAUUCUUCAUCCCAGCCAAAACAGACAAAUUGGUCCAAUCGAGCAUCUAGAGAAGAUCGUCCUCAAAGACAACCGAUCGUAUCUCUUGCAGAUAGAAGUCGUGCCGAUGAUUUGAGAGUCCACAGACCAGAACGACAGCAAGAGGAGUCGUCUGAAACACUCCAAGCUAUUGCAGAAGGUCGUCGUGUGUAUCUUGGAAAUUUGCUUUAUACCACCACUCCGGAUGAUAUUAAUGCGUUUCUUGCCAAGAAUGAUAUAACUCCCGUUACAAAUGUUCAUGUGUCUAUCGAUCCAUUUACAGGUCGUUGUCCGGGAUAUUGUUUUAUUGAGUUUUCGGAAAAGAAAAUCGCAGAUGAUGCUAUGGAAAUGCUGGAGGGGCUUUUGAUGUUUGGUCGACCGGUUAAGUGUCGUCCUUGUCGACCCAAAGGCAAUGUUCGUCGUGGCGGCCCAAAUCAAGGGCCGCGGGAUGAGAAUAGUAAUCCUAGCUAUAAUCGCUGGGGAAAUUGGGGAGAAUCAGGAGCUAGUGAUACGCAACACGAUUGACUUUCGGGUCAAAGCGGACCUAAUGAUGCCAUGAGACAUUUCCAGCUUUCAAAAGCCCAAGAAGAAGGUAGACAAUUACAUGUUAGUGGAUUGCCUAGGAUGCUUGAUCAAUCGGAGAAUG